GCAAGCAGCGGCUAUCCGCUGUUACCCAGUAACACUAUCAGCACCGCCGCCGCCACCACCACCACCACCACCACCACCACCAUCAUAUGAAUCACUGACCUCAUUAUACAAAUGUUUAUUACAACUCUAAAAUUUCCCCCUAUGAGAAAACUAUCGAGGUGAGCUCACUUCUCCGCACUGCCAGCUCCACUCCCAGCGAUGGUUCAUCUCCCAUCAACUUCAAGCUAUUGUUUACCACAGUCCAGAAUCGAUUUUUAUUCACAACUGGAAGUUCUGUAUGAAGCAAAGUCGACAAGUUUGACAAUCUCCAUCAAAACCAUGCCGUAACAAACCCCUGCUUUAUCUAAUACACAACUAUAUACGCACAAUUAUACAUAUAUAUAUAUGAAUGUAUACGCAUUAUCGGACUGAUUCGAAAGAUGAAGAAAUCGAAUAACUUAUCUGGAAAAUACCAAGAAAUUUCUUCUCCAACCAAUGUGCAGAAGGUAAAGGUAGUCACGGUUGGAGACAUAUCGGUUGGGAAAUCUUCUUUGGCAUUAAGGUUUACCAAAGGAUACUUCGAAGAACUAUACAAACCGACAGUUGGCGCUGUGUUUGUCUUCAAAACCAUUACAGAGGGCAACAGGAAAAUCUUAUUUCAGAUCUGGGACACAGCUGGACAGGAACGUUUCAAAAGUUUGGUGCCGAUGUAUUUACGUGACGCAAAAUUUGCUCUUUUAAUCUAUGAUAUUACAGACAGGAAAACCUUUGAAGCCAUACCCACCUGGCUGAACUAUGUCACUCGAUACGCUCCUCCUGACAUACAAGUUACCCUUGUUGCCAACAAAAUUGACUUACAAGAAUACCAGACAAUCGACACACGGUUUGCCAAAACGUUUGCAGAAGAACAUAACAUUUCAUUUGAAGCUGUUUCUGCUAAAACUGGAGAAAACGUAGAGAAACUCUUCAACAACCUUGCCAAGAAACUUCCACCAGAAGUAAUUGUCAAUAAGCAUUCUGCGAACCAUUCCAUAAAGUUGACCGAUGAAAAAAAGUCCUUGACCAAAUGCUGUCGUAUCAGAUGACCGUUUCCUCCGUCUCUUCCACUCAUUCAAAACAUGCUGCUGAUAUUUAAGAUUUAUUUAAACUCUUUUCAUCCGUUUAAAAAAGAAAAUUCAUUCAUAUUUUCGACAAACAUUUCUGUUAUUUAUGCACUUUGAACGUUUUUACCAUUAAAGAAUCGUAUUUGCUUUUUCUUAUAUUAUGUCAUGGCAUCUUGAACUGUCAUGGCGUCUUGCUUCAGCGACAUGACACACAAGGGAGAUAACUCUGGAAAAGAUUCCUGUUGUAAGCUGUUUAAAACCGAGUGAGUAAAUUUAUUAUUAAAUGCAUUCCAAUAAUGA